AUGUGGUGGCUCAUCAACGCCUGCUCGAGUGCCAUUUUCCUGUUCAGCAUCGUCCUCUCGAUACCAAUCGCUUUCGAUGUCGGGGGCCGUGAUGCUGGCCUGGCUUAUUCGCUAUCACUUUUCCUUUUCUACAUUUUCUACAGUACCAGCAAGCUUAUAACGCCAGAGAAGUCUCGGAUACGCUGGUUCUUCAAGAGUCUGGUUGGGUUAUCACAAUGGAUUGUUAUACCCGCAUUGUUGAUUUGGGCUCUCAACCGUUUCUCGGUCGAUGCCGAUAGUGCCAACUGGGUGUCACGUACGUUUGCCCACGUUACAGGGCAGCACAAGAGCUGGAGAGAGUGGUUUUGGGGGUCUGAAGGCUUUGUGGAAAACGUUGCGUUAGGCUCUUGGGACAAUACCUUGAGUUAUUCGAGCCCUGUUUUCCAACUUCUCGAGGGCUUCUGCAGCUUGUUGGUGAUCCAGGCUGCUGGUCAGAUUGCGAGAUGGCUGGUCAACCGGGGAAGAAGUGACACCUGGAUCACGCUCCUGAUAAUAUCAGGUGCCAUCAGCUCCAUGGCCAUUUACUUCUUAUGGCGUGUCAUGUGCUUCCCACAAAUCGGCAACUUCGAUGCCACGCUCAUCGGCGUUGCCAUGACCUCAGCCUUCUUCCUCUGCGGUUUUGGCAUUGCCAGCGGCCGAGGGAAUCCGAUCGAGUCUUCCCUUCUUUUUGCGUACACGGUUCUCUGUGUCUAUCAGAUUUUCACCGAUUAUCAGCCCUCGCCCGAGGCUGCCGCCGCGGCGGAAGCUGCCGCUGCUGCGCAGCCGGAUUUUCCGCCUCUGCCGCCCAUCCUCAUGGCCUCCUACACCACUCUGAUCCACAUGCUCAGCAGCCUUCCGUCGGCUUUUGGUUUAUCAUUCCAGUUUCUCUACGCGGCAUUCCAAACCAUCACCCCUAGCGUCAUCAUCUCGCUGACAUAUCGCACCAUCGUUUUCUAUUGCGCUACGAGAAUUAUUCCGGCUGUUAGAGAGUUGGGUGCUCAGGCUAUUAUGGAAGAGCCCACGCUCGACGAAAGCGAUGGCGCCAACCGUGUUCUUGGUUUCCUCAGCUGGUUUUCGCCUUCUAUUCUGAUUGCGGUAUACACCAGUUUGCUCCUGCAGCACUUUACUAUUGCCGAUGGCGACGAGCUCGGCUGGACUCUCCGGGCCGGCGAUGCUGGUGGCAGUACUUGGCGGUGGAUCAACUUGACGGCCACCAUGGGACUUUAUGCCAUCGAGUUGUACCUCGGUGGUGAUGGUGACGGUGGCGCGCACUGGAAGACGGACUGA